AAAAUCAUUUGUUUGGCUCUUGUUUGGUUUAUUGGUGGUGCGCCGCACAUAUAAAUAGUGAAAUAAUAUAAAUUGUUUAAGUGUGAAAAAUGUCUGAGUCAAUGGAGGAGGAAUGGUGGGUGACAAAGCUGAAGGAAUUGGAAUCAAAGCCUAAGCGUUUGGAAACCCUCACUGAGAUGAACAGUGUUAUCAAUAAGGCAGUAGGUCUACCGCGCAAUAUCCUCGAACGCGUGUUGUGCGCGCCAGCCCUGUAUGAGUGUGCCACCGUCGAAAGUGGCAAGGAACCACUGAUCAACAUGACCAACGACUUCAUUCAUACAUGCUUGGAGCAAUUGGAGCUUGACACUUGCGAUGAGCAAUUACCGCUGUUGCUUAGCAGAUCGCUCACCCACCCCAAUCCCGCAUUGCGCGCCAUAGUUUUGGAUGCUCUUCUCAAGAAAUUGCGUCGUCAGACCACAGCCUGUGAAAUGCAGCCCUUGCCCAGCAAUGAGCUGCUUUACUAUGUGCUGGAUGAGCUCAAGCAGCCAGAAACUCAUAGUGGAGUAUCAGCAUUAAGUAUUCUGUCCAUUGUGCUGACCCAGCGUCUCAACGACCCUGGCAUACAGGCGCGGCUGAUGACCCUGCUAAAGCAGAAUGAGGUUAUUCGCUGUCGAGCUUAUGAACUGGGCGUUAUGCUAGCCAAAAGAAGCGCGGCCGCGCUUUCAUCCGUCGAAUUUAUACUAGACGCUGCCAUCAGUGAAUUGGACAAUGAUGAUGUGCUGCUACAGGCCAGCGUUAUGGAAAUACUUGUGCCACUUGCUGAACAGAACCACGGCCUCUCUUACAUGGAGCGUCGUCACGUCCUGGACGUGAUCAGCAAUCGCGUGCAGCAGAUCGAGCAGAACCCACUUGAUCUAUUGCUCGUACCGAGCAUAAUGAAGUUCUUUGGAAAAAUUGCUGCUGUGCAGCCGCAGAAGAUUAUAAGUGGUUACCCACAGAUGCUCACAUGUCUGUUCGAGCUGCUACAAUCGGGCGACGAGUCUGUACUGCCCACAGCCCUCGACACGUUGACCAAUCUGGCGAGCACCCUCCAAGGGAAAACACUUCUUCACACUGACUUCGAGCCGGCUAUGCAACAACUGUUUGAAAAAUAUGCCGAUUACACAAAGGUGCUCUCUCCACCGCUCAAGAUACGGAUACUUAACUCGCUGGACCUUGUCUUUGCCGUCGAACUGCCAUUAACUGGCUUGCACAACGGUAUAUUGAAACGCUGGUACGAGUACUUUGCAGGCGGUCAGCAAGUCGAUCGUCUAAUGGAUCUGUGUCGCACACCAUUCCCAGAUUUACAAUUAGCUGCACUUAGCCUACUGAAGACACUGUGCCAGUAUAUUUGGGGCAUUGUGGCGCUUCGUCGGACAGCAGGUGCGAUUGAAUUUCUGUUGUCGCGCCAACGCGACCAGCACAAGGACGUGAAGUUCCUGAAAUGGCAAAUUAUGGAGGUGCUGGCAGUCAGUGAUGGCUUCUCGGCAACCGAAAUUGUACGCUUCACUGCCUACGUCAACGAGGGCCCCUACUACAUGCAGAGUGACGUUAGUUUAGCCACCGAACCACAAGGCAAUCAGUAGCGCUACGACCACCUGGCAAAGUUGCAGAUGAGGCCACCAUCACCGUAACCAAAGCCAAGUCACCUAUAUCCUUCACUCACAUCGAAGCACAGACUUACCUACACUUUACAAUGAAUACAAAAGGCAGGCAGGCAAUAUCAUAUCAAGCUUGUGGGUGUUUCAGCGUUUAAAUCUGCGAUCUAUACAUACAUUUGGUUUUGGAUUAUACACACGGUUGUAACUAAAAUGUUGACCUCUACCGCUCUCUCUCUGGCACUGGCUGCAUACGAGCGAGAAAAAUUCGAAAAAAAAAAAUAUCUAGCGAUAAACGCUGCAGAACAUAUGUAUGUAUAAUGUAGCAACACAUUAUGAUUGGGUUUAUAUUGUAUUUAAGGUUUAACAAAAUAUUGGGUGGGCGAAUAUACAAACAUAUACAAAAACGUACAUAUAUAAUACAUGUAUUUAACAGAUAAUGAUUAUACUCGGUAAAUAAAUAUACAUAAGUUGUUGCAGUUAUAAACUGGCAA